UCCUUUGUAUAUAUAUUUUUGUUUACUACUGCCAUUCUCAAUAUUAUAAAUUUUUAAUUAUUAGAAAUCUAAAUUCCUGUAACUUCAGAAGUGUUCAGUUUGAUUGUCACAAUUGGACAAAUAUUUCUUAAUAUACUUAAUAUUAGCAAAUCGGCGUAUUUAAAGAACACUAUUGUCGGAUACAUUUCUUUCUUUAAUAUGAUUUGACCUUCUCAAGGUGACCGAUACGCAGCUGUUCAGUCAGUACUUCACAUUUGUUAGUAUUGUUUGUGCACGGUCCGGUCUUGUUCUGUUUGACUAUUAUUUAGGCAAAAUGAGCGUACAAACGGAUUCUGAUAAACGUAAACAAAUUUCGGUUAGAGGUAUUGUUGCUGUAGAAAAUGUAGCGGAAGUAAAGAAGGCUUUUAAUCGGCAUGUACAUUACACGCUGGUGAAAGAUAGAAAUGUUGCGACUCCGAGAGAUUAUUAUUUUGCAUUGGCUCACACAGUCAGGGAUCACCUUGUUUCCCGGUGGAUUCGUACUCAACAAUACUAUUAUGAAAAGGAUCCAAAGCGUGUUUAUUAUCUUUCCUUGGAGUAUUACAUGGGGCGUUCGCUCCAGAACACCAUGAUUAACCUUGGCAUCCAAGGUACUGUUGAUGAAGCACUGUACCAAUUGGGUUUAGAUAUUGAAGAACUAGAAGAAUUGGAAGAAGAUGCCGGUCUUGGUAAUGGAGGACUUGGCAGACUUGCAGCCUGCUUUCUUGACUCAAUGGCCACUCUUGGAUUAGCUGCUUAUGGUUAUGGCAUACGCUACGAAUAUGGUAUCUUCGCGCAGAAAAUAGAAAACGGAGAGCAACAGGAAGAGCCAGAUGACUGGUUGCGCUAUGGCAACCCGUGGGAGAAGGCUCGUCCCGAGUACAUGUUGCCUGUUAACUUCUACGGUCGCGUUGUUGACACACCGGAGGGGAAGAAAUGGAUCGACACCCAGGUGGUAUUCGCUAUGCCGUAUGACAGUCCAAUUCCUGGUUAUAACAACAAUGUAGUCAAUACGUUGCGUCUCUGGUCUGCCAAGAGUCCGAUUGACUUCAACCUACGAUUCUUUAACUCAGGUGACUAUAUUCAGGCUGUACUCGAUCGUAACAUCGCUGAAAAUAUUUCUAGAGUUCUUUAUCCAAACGACAACUUCUUUGAGGGUAAGGAGUUGCGCCUUCGUCAAGAGUACUUCAUGUGUGCUGCCACACUCCAAGACAUUAUCAGGAGGUACAAAUCGUCCAAGUUCGGCAGCCGCGAAGCUGUCAGAAAAACAUUCGAGAGUUUGCCAGACAAGGUGGCCAUACAAUUAAAUGAUACCCAUCCUGCCUUAGCUAUUCCUGAGCUUCUCAGGGUUCUUGUUGAUAUUGAAAAAGUGCCAUACGAAAAAGCAUGGCAAUUAGUUGUUAAAUGCUGCGCAUACACUAAUCACACUGUUUUACCCGAAGCUUUGGAGAGAUGGCCUUGCUCCAUGUUGGAGAAUGUACUACCAAGGCAUAUGCAGCUGAUCUAUCAUAUUAACUUCCUCCAUCUUCAGGAAGUGGAGAAGCGUUGGCCAGGCGAUAUGGAUCGCUUGCGUCGUAUGUCUUUGAUUGAGGAAGAAGGAGAGAAACGUGUCAACAUGGCCAAUUUGUGUGUAGUCGGGUCUCACGCUGUCAACGGGGUCGCCGCCAUACAUUCUGACAUCCUUAAGGCAACUGUUUUCCGCGAUUUCUAUGAGAUGUGGCCAGAGAAAUUCCAGAACAAGACCAACGGUAUCACCCCACGACGUUGGUUACUGUUAUGCAAUCCUGGGCUUUCAGAUUUAAUUUGUGACAAAAUUGGCGAAGAUUGGACUGUGCAUUUGGAUAAGCUCCAAGGUUUAAAGCGAUGGGCCAAGGACCCAACUUUUCAGCGAGCUGUUAUGAAGGUUAAGCAAGAAAAUAAGUUGAGACUUGCAUCUUUAAUUGAGAGGGAUACAGGAGUGAAGAUUAAUCCUGCAUCAAUGUUCGAUAUUCAAGUGAAACGUAUCCAUGAGUACAAACGUCAGCUGUUAAAUAUUUUGCAUGUCAUAACGUUGUAUAACAGGAUCAAGCGCGACCCUUCUUCGGUGGUUACUCCUAGAACAGUUAUGAUUGGAGGAAAAGCUGCCCCAGGUUAUUACGUCGCUAAGCAAAUGAUUGCCUUAGCUUGUGCAGUUGGCAAUACCAUAAACAAUGAUCCUGAUGUCGGCGAUAAAUUGAAAUUAAUAUUCUUGGAGAAUUAUCGCGUCACUUUGGCCGAGCGAAUCAUGCCUGCUGCAGAUCUCAGCGAACAGAUUUCAACGGCCGGCACCGAGGCGUCUGGCACCGGCAAUAUGAAGUUCAUGCUGAAUGGUGCUCUCACCAUUGGCACCAUGGACGGUGCCAACGUCGAAAUGGCGGAAGAGGCUGGCGAGCAGAACAUGUUCAUCUUCGGCAUGAGGGUCAAUGACGUCGAGGAGUUACAGCGCCGCGGAUACAACGCCUACGAAUACUACGAGCGUAAUCCGGAACUACGGCAAUGUAUCGAGCAGAUCCGCAGCGGGUUCUUCUCGCCGGGCGAGCCAAGCCGUUUUGCGCACAUCGCUGAUGUACUGUUGCAUCACGACCGGUUCCUGCACCUGGCCGAUUACGAGGCGUACAUAGAGGCCCAGCAGAAGGUCUCCGACGUGUACCAGGACCAAGCGAAAUGGGCGGAAAUGGUUAUCGAAAAUAUCGCGUCUUCAGGCAAGUUCUCGUCAGACCGUACAAUUGCUGAGUACGCACGCCAGAUCUGGGGUGUCGAGCCCACGUGGGAAAAACUGCCUGCACCGCAUGAGACAGCUUAAAUGUUAAGGGACGUUUGAAAUGACACGUUUCAUCAUUGGUUGAGGAUUUUUUUCUUUAUAUUAACUUGGUUUUCACUCUUUCCAAUUAUGUUAUUAUACAAUGUCUAAUUUUGUGUUAGAAUAUAAAUGUAUUUGUGACAUCUAAUUACUUUGAAUUGUAUCACCAGAUAACUAUGAAGACUUUGUUUUUUAUUUUAAAAUAAUAAUGAUGCUUGUUAUGGUUCUAUUAUGGAAAUAAAGAGGCUCAUAUAGCAAAAAAUUUGCACUAAUCAUGCGUAAUUAAUAAGUUUCUAUCAAGAUUAUCUAUUUUUUCAUUGAGUGUAAAGACAACAACUAAGACAAUUUUGUUAUUUUUCGCUGAAAUUGAAAUGCAUUGAAAACAAUAAGAUUCUAGUCGUGUAGUUAUUUAUAUUCAGUUCUAAUCUCAUAAUUUACAGUUACUAUACAUACUUUUGUUUAUUUAAUGCGUGGUAAAACAAGUGCCAAGUAUUAGAAGGCAAGUAAAUGUGUAUCUAUUUGCAAAUCUGCAUUGUAGUUCCUGACAUGUGAUAUAUAAAUUUGACUGUCUUUGUGAGACAGAUCAUGAAAUUUUAACCAUUAAGUUUAAGUAUUAAAAUUUGUUAACGGAUCAAACUACAACGGUAAUUGGAUCGGUUAAUUGAUUAUUUGGGAUGAUACACUUACUUUAUACAUUAUUAGAUGCAUAAUAUUACAUUCAAUUUCUAAAAUUAUUACAAUUAAAAGACAAAUUUUGUCUAAUCAUAACAUUUUAAUAUAACAUUAACACGUUGACUGCCAACUACGAGAUAACUCGUAGAUUGCGUUCUGGGACUCCAACUUCAUAAUCAAGAAAUAAAUUUGUCUUUUUAUGCUUUUUGGUGAUAACAAUGCACUAGAAUUAGACUUUUUAUUAAUAUAAUGUGAUUAAAUCAAACUGUUAUUUUUAAGCCAAAUUACUGAAAAUUGCCAUGGCAACGUGUUAAUGUAAUCUUAAUAUGAAAUUGUGCUGUAUAAUUUUAUAACUCUAGAUUGUUAUUGUAGUCUAUAGUAUACAUUACGAAUUAGAAUGGAAAAUUAAUUAAUUGUGCAGGCUUGUAAGAGUGCAGUGCAUUACAAUCAAGAAGUGGUGGUUCAAUCAAUUUUUAUCACCAUUUAUGCAACUGGAAAAUGAAUUCAAUUUAGGUAAGUUGUUGCAGCUAAAAUGAAUAGAUAGUGAAUAUAGCUAUUUGGAUAGAUUAAGGCCAACUAUUUUGUUGUAAUUUAACUAGAAUACUCACAUAAGUAAAUAAAAAAUUAUAUAGUAUAUUUAUUUUUAUACAUUCAGUGACUUUGUCAGUACCUUUGCUUUAAAGAAUUGCUGGCAUUGUCCUUAAACCACGUUCUAAGUAUAAAUAAAUAAAUUUCCAUUAAAAUUAAAAUAUAUAAAUGUUGUUUAACAGUUUGAAUUUAUAAUAAAUGCAUAUUUAUUUACAAUUUCUAUUUAAGUCACAAUGAGAGUGGUCCAUUAACAUUAUUGUAAGUCAUAAACUCUUUUUGAAAAAAUAUAUAUUCCGUAGAAUUCUAAUUUGUUUUAUCGUUUUAAUAAAUAUUGUGAAUUAUUUAUAGUUAGUUAUAGUUUUAUAUAUAUUACUUGUAAUAUUUGUUUAAGAGCGUCCGUAACAAAAUGUAGCAACUUUAAAUGUAUCUGCCGAUUUCCAAUUAAAUAUUUGUAUUUUUAUAAUAAUUUGUACUUGUAAGUUAAAGCUUUCACUAAAUUAAUUGCCCAUGACAUUACCACUAAAAAUCUAGCUCUAUACGAGUAUAUUACUUCUACUAUAUACUAUACUACUUCUUCGUCUUUUUCGACAUCAAAAUACAUUAUUUUAUUUUUAUAUGUUCUCUGAUAGCUUCUUAUUGCUUGAUUAUCAUUUUAAUUCGCUGUCAAAGCACUAUGUAAUCAAAAAUGUUGAAAAUCAUUGAAUUGUUUCUGAAAACUGCAUAGCUCUGAUGUUGCCACACUUCAAUAAGCUUGUUAUGAAUGCUCUUAAAUAUUUUUUAAAGCGUUAAAAAUUAAAAAUAUAUUGCGAAAUCGUUUUAAUGUGCCAUUUUAGUGCCUAUAAAUAAUUUGUAUUAAUUUAUAUCUGGUCUCGUAGUAUUUUUAUAUUGUUCCUAUCGAAACAGAUAGUCACAUAUGACUGAUCAUUUUAUGAGAUUAUAAUGUUUAGUAGCUUAAGUUACAAUAAAAACUGUAUCAGAAAUAAUAUUAUUGUAAUUUAUGGACAACGAAGAAAUUAAACUAAAUUCGAUUUUUAA